AGAGGAGGAAAAAAAAAAGAAAAGUAAAGAGGAUAAGGGAUAGGGAGGACAAAUUUUUCACAAUUUGCAUUCUCCGCUAACAAGCCCCGAUUACAAAAACUCAGCCGUCGGAACCCUGCUAUUGCCGCCACUAGAGAGCGAAGAAGAGAAAAAUGGUGGUAAGAUUGCGGUUGUCGAGGUUUGGAUGCAAAAACAAACCUUGUUACAGAGUAAUGGCGGCGGAUAGUAGAUCUCCCCGAGAUGGCAAACACUUGGAAGUCCUCGGUUACUACAAUCCUCUCCCAGGUCAAGAUGGUGGCAAACGGAUGGGUCUUAAUUUUGACAGAGUAAAAUAUUGGUUAUCUGUUGGUGCACAGCCGUCAGAACCGGUUGAACGUCUUCUUUUCCGAGCAGGUGUAUUACCUCCUCCGCCUAUGCUAGCUAUGGGACAAAAAGGAGGUCCACGGGACACUCGUCCAGUUCAUCCUAUGACUGGACGUGUCAUGGCACCGGAAAGUGUCAAAAUUGCUGAACCAAAAGUUGGUUCUGAAGUUGAUGGAGAUGACAAAGCGUAGAACCCCCACUAGUUAUAUUUUAUACAACUUCAGCUGGAAGAGCUAAUUUUUAUUCCGAUAGUGACCUUUUGGUAUGUGAUAAUUACAGAGCUAAUAUCUGUUUGUUGCUCUGGAUUGAAACUUGAAAUCCAAGGAUGUAUCAUCUUUAAAGAUGCUGUUGUCAGUUGUCUCUAGAAAUUAUGUGAUCAUGUAUCAUCCUUUGCUUUCCCAUUUUUCUUCCUGAUGGUAAUAGAUGGAUAAUGUAGGUAAAAGUUGCAGAAUAUUUUCCAAAAGCAUGGAUGUUUUUGGAGUUAAAAAUCAUACAUGAUACUUUUUGUCC